ACAAUCUUAUCUUUCCACAUCUUUAUCUGCUCAACCCAAAGCCAUCUCUCCAAUGGCUUAUCGUCACCCUCAUCAAUUCCCACUCAUUCCCACCCUCCUCAUCUCCCUCCUCUUCACCACCAUCACCACCACUCUAGCUAAAGUCCCCCCAAACCAAACCUUCCAUUUCGUAAACCAAGGCGAAUUCGGAGACAGAAUAAUCGAAUACGACGCCGGUUAUCGCGUAAUCCGCAACAAUGUCUACACCUUCUACACCUUCCCCUUCCGCCUCUGCUUUUACAACACCACCCCCGACUCCUUCGUCUUCGCAAUGCGCGCCGGCAUUCCCAACGACGAGAGUUUGAUGCGGUGGGUGUGGGACGCCAACCGCAAUGACCCUGUCGGUGAGAAUGCCACCCUCUCCUUUGGAGAGGAUGGCAACUUCGUCCUCGCCGACUUUGACGGCCGACUCGUCUGGCAGACCAACACUGCCAACAAGGGUGUCACCGGAAUUAAGCUACUCCCCAAUGGUAACUUAGUCCUUUUCGAUAAGAACGGUGCGUUCGUAUGGCAAAGCUUUGAUCACCCUAGUGAUACUCUCAUGGUGGGUAUGUCUGUUCGGAUCAACGGACGAAACAAGCUCGUCAGCCGGACCUCCGAUGUGGAUGGCUCUGAUGGGAAAUACAGUCUUGUUCUUGAAGAUAAUGGGUUCAACAUGUAUAUCAACAACUCCGGCGACCUUCUAGUCUAUGGCGGUUGGGGAGGUAGAAGCUUAGGAUCCAUUGUUACAUUCGAUGCAGUGCCCGAAAACGAUAAUGCCACCGCUUUCGAGCUAGUCCUGACCGUGAACCAAGACCCACCGCCACCAGCACCGCCAAGUCGACGCCGUCUCCUCCAACGUAAGGUACAGGGUGGUUCCCAAAUUAAUCUCAACAAGCUCAACUACAACGCUACCUACUCGUUCUUGCGGCUUGGAUCGGACGGUAAUCUCAGGGCAUACACUUACUAUGAUCAAGUGAGCUACUUGAAAUGGGAAGAGAGCUUUGCUUUCUUUUCGAGCUAUUUCAUAAGAGAAUGUGCUUUGCCUUCCAAGUGUGGGAAGUAUGGGUUGUGUGAGAGGGGGAUGUGCGUGGCGUGCCCGAGCCCAAAAGGGCUUUUGGGGUGGAGCGACAGUUGUGCUCCACCCCAAUUGCCGCCAUGUAAAGGCGGAGCUAAGGCGGCGCAGUACUAUAAGAUUGUUGGGGUGGAGAACUUCUUGAACCCUUAUUUGGAUGAUGGUGAGGGGCCAGUGAAGGUUGGGGAGUGCAGAGACAAAUGUAGUAGGGACUGCAAGUGUUUAGGGUUUAUUUACAAGGAAGACACUUUUAAGUGCUUGCUUAUGCCCUUGCUUGGGACUCUUAUUAAGGAUGUGAACACUACUUCUGUGGGGUAUGUUAAGUAUUCCAAGUAGGAAUUUCAAUUUGUCUUGUUUUUUGAGGUUAAUUUAGAUCAUGAGUCCAUGUUGUUGGGUGUGAGGAUAAAUGGACUCUCAUGUAUCUUUUAAUUGUUUUUUUUUUUUAAUUUUUUUUAUCGGCAAAAUUUCAGUAUUUUUUAUUUUGAAUAAUGAAAAUUAAGAUGAAUCAUAAUAAUGGGUUGCU